AUGGCUUUAUCAUCACCUUCUACUCCCUGCUCCUCUCCUCCAUCAUCACAGACCCAGGAGCUAGCGCAGAUUGAGCUCCAGGACCGAUUAAACCUCCACAGCAUCAAGGCCCUACACUACAUGCGAAGCCAGCCGCCUAAGAAUACAUCAAAGGCUUAUGUUAACAAGCAUAAGGAAUGGCAGAGCUUCUGCAAAAAGCAGGGCUUCCCAGACGGCGAACUAGUCACAGAGAAGAAGCUUGUCUACUUUCUUGACACUGAGGUUCUUAAUCGACCUCUUCGGUCCUCUCAAUAUAAGAAGGAUCGUACACGGCCAGAUGGAUCAAAGGUAGAACAAACCCUGGGAAGCAAUUCAAUCACUCAAUAUAUCAAUGCUAUUGUGGACCUCUGGAAGCUCCAAAAAAUCAUUGGCACCCUGCAGGAUUGGUAUUCCAAGGAUAAAAUCAAGGACUUCGUACGAUACUGUUGGCAAGGAUGGCGAACAAAAGAUCUUAGGCAUCGAAAGCGUCAAGCUCAGGAGUCCUAUCUUCGCACGGCCGUGGAUUUCCUUUUCAGUCACAAUAUGCUCCUUCUUGGAGAAUCGCGCCGGCAACUCCAGUUUCCUGACCUGUUCACUAUCUCCUUACCCAACGAAGGACCGACCCCCUGUUGGCCAAUGAUCAUGAUUAUGAAUAAUGGAAAGACUAACCAGUUUGGCCGCUUGCAGUAUAUGGGGGUAAUGCGCCAUCAGGAUCCUCUCCUUUGUACGAUGAGCCAGGCGGCAAUUUAUCUCUUUUAUCGCUGGCAGAUAGUAGGGGAGUCGCCACCUCGGUUUCGGAGCCAGCCAGAGUGGUAUAAUUUCCACUUCUUCAAGGGCUCAGAUCGAGAGAAGCCAAUCUCGUACGAAAUCCAGCUGAAAUGGGCCAAUGAGGUCUAUAAGGCAAUCAAUCUCUCUACCGACAAGAAGACACAUGCAGGCCGAGCCCAGGGGUCAAAACAAGCCGAGCUAGAAGGCGUGGAAGAGAACCAGAUCCGCCGUGCUGGUCAAUGGAAUCAGGAUGCCUUAACUAAAUGCUAUCUGACGCAUCUGCCGCGGAAAUUCCUUCGUUCUAUGGCUGGUUUCCAGCCUGAUGCAAUUGGGAACUACUAUCUUCCUCGACCAAAAUUCAACCUCCAGAUUCCCUCCGGGGCUACUAGUCAGGAACAGGAAGACCGAGAUGAUAUGGCAGCCCAAGGCUUUUUGCAGCUACUGAAUCAACUACGGAUCAUCCUCCAGGACUCGGUUCUCCUACAGGCGCAAUUCCCCCGGCAUUCAAUGUGGGAUGACCCUAUCUUUGCACGAGAAGACUAUACUGCAUUUGCAGAGCAAAUACGGCAGUCCCCUCUUUGUACGGAGACCCCUCAGGAGAUUCAGCUCCGGCAGACGCUUCCUAUUAUUGCCGACCGUCUUAGUGUCCUCCGGAAGGAUAUCCAUCAGGCGGUUGAUCUUCAUUGUUAUCAGGCUCAUGAACAGCUUAGAAAGAUUGCUCGCCAGCUUCAUGAUCUCCUUUCUGGUCACGUUAUCUUUGCCGUACGAGCCAUGGAUGCCUCUAUUAUCGAAGCGCGGACACCAGACUCGGACUCAUUCACACCGUCUUCUCAGCUAGCAGCAUGUUUAUCGGAGGCAUCAUCUUUGCAGCCUCCUGUAGAUAAGCAGCAGCUUCUCUCAAAGGGGAUCGAUACUUCCUCCUCUCUAUUAUCCCCCUCUCGAUCUCUCUACUCGCUCUCUCGUACGAUACAGACUGCCGGAGGUCUGGAGAGAAUGGAUAUGUGGGUUAGGUGCAAGGACGACGGGAACUUCGUUUCACACCAGUGA